AUGUUCCAUCUUGAAGCUGGAAAUUCAAAGGAUAAAUUUAUGAAACAAGGAUUUCGUGAUUGGAAGCACGCCACUGGUAAAUCUGGAAUUCUCUAUGUGCAUGACAGGUGUGCAUCCUACAAGCAAUCAAUGGAGUCUUGGUCCCAAUACAAGCUUAAUACUCAGCUCGGUACUUCAAUUUCAGCCAGGAUGGAGUCAAAUCACUUGGAGGUGAUUAGUACAAACCGUCACUAUAUUAGAAGCUUGAUUGAGAUUCUUCUACUUUGUGCACAUCAGGAAAUAGCUCUCCGAGGACACAGAGAAGGCACUAAUUCUCCAAACAAAGGCAAUUUUCUGGAAAUUUUAGAUGUUGUUGCUUCACAUGAUCCUGCUAUUCAACAAAAGCUAGUCAGUGGUCCUCGAAAUGCUUUGUAUACCUCUCCUGAAAUACAGAACUCACUCUUGAGUAUUAUGGGUAAGAUGGUACGUGAGGAAGUUUGCUACAGAACCAGGAGUGCUGGUCUGUACUCUAUAUCAGCUGAUGAAACAAAGGAUAUCAGCAAAACAGAGCAGAUGGCCCUAGUUAUCAGAUAUUUUAAUAUUAAAAAGGGAACUAUACAUGAAAGAUUUCUCACAUUUGUUGAAGCAUUUAGUCUAAAUGCUAAGAGCCUUGCAGCAUAUAUCCUUGAUACACUUAAGAAAUAUCAACUUGAUACAGGGUCUCUUGUAUCACAAGGAUAUGAUGGGGCUAGUGUCAUGUCUGGCAAAUUUUCAGGAGUACAGCAACAUGUGAUGCAAGUUGCACCACAAGCCAUCUAA